UUCCCAAACAACAUGCAGGCUCUCGUAUUGUGAUUGAAACACGGACAAUUUUAAGGUACACCAUGUAGUGCUGUGGACGUGAUUUCUUGUGGACUGUGGAGGGGAUGGACAUUUAACUCCUGUACCGUAUAGGGCCACUAAGGGCAGCACACUACAUCCCCAAUGGACGACAAGGACUAUCUCGUGUCCCCUAAGGGGGACCAGCCUUCAUCCCCAGAAAAACAGUGGACACACUACCUCCUCAAGGGACAGCUGUUGAUUUGAAGUCUGCAGCAGUUGUUGCACAUACUCAUGCUAAACUCCGCAACAAGGCCAAAAAGAAGCAUAAAAAGCAUGGAAAAGAUCGACCCAAACUUAAGCGCAGGAUGUCCCAGUUUGAAAGACGCUACACCGAACUCGCAUUAGACAAUAAACUUAUUCCUGAGAGGAAAAGGAUUGAUUACGUGUUGGUUCACCCAAUUAUAGAAUCAUCUGAUGCUAAAGAUGUUUCCAAACAGAAUGCCCUUAAGAUUCAUGAGCAGAACCGUAAGAUGUUUGAGAUGUUGUUGGAGAAAGAAGGCUUCUCCAUUCAAAGGGUGACAAUCGGGGGGUUGGUGUACGUUAAACUGCACUGCCCUUUUAAGAGACUUUGUGCAGAAGCAGAGAGAGUUAAGCUUCAGAUGCCCCUUAAAGAUUGUGGAAUUGAGUCCAAAGUCAACGAGAACAAACUAUCAGCUUGGAUUGAGCGACACUUUGAAACUGAUGAUGAAGUUGACUAUGUGAGCACGACCUUUAUAAUGGACAGAAUCCAUGUGUUUGAGAAUCAUGAAGAUCCCACCAUCUUUUUUCGCCCGACUCUCAGGUCUCUGCUGUGUCACCACAUCCUGAUCAACCUGGACAUUCGGACUGUGAAGGAGAGAGAGGAGGGGUGGCCGGCCUCCGCGGCCGAGGAGCGGUCAUGUAUUGACCAGACUCUCACUAUGUGUUUCGGGAAGCGAGACAAGGAGACAGAGAGGACCAACACUAAAGUUCUCAAGAAGAAAGAUGAUGAGGUAUCAAUUCAAACAAAAGAUAUUUCUACACACAUUCCAGGUCUUCCCUACCUUCUGAUGAAGAAGAGUUACACAGAUGCCUACAUCCUUCAUGAAGAUUCCAUCAAGCGGGCGAAGAAGGAGUCGAUUGAUGGACUCUUCUACCCCGAAACGAAGGAGGAGGAGGAUAAAAUGAAGGUGGAAAUGCCGAUAUCCCAGCUCACUGAUCCAAGGAAGGAUAUGGAUGAGACAUGGACCAAGUUCUUUAAGUUCCAGCCUCUGUGGAAAAUCAGAAACUAUUUUGGGGAAAAAAUUGCAUUUUACUUUGCAUGGUCUGGCAUGCUGAUGACUACGUUGUGGAUCCCCACCCUCUUUGGAUUAGGCAUCUUCGUGUAUGGAUUGGUCUUAAGCAUUAGUAAAAACGAAAGCAGUCAGACUCCAAACAACGCUACACUAGUGGAAGAACUAAAGUCGAAGGUGACGGAUGUGCUGAACGUUAUUAAGCAGGCCUUUGACAAUGAUGUGACUCCAUUUUUUGCCCUCAUCAUAUGCUUGUGGGGUACAGUGUUUCUGGAGUUGUGGAAGAGGAAGGUGGCCCGUCUUGCCUACGAGUGGGAUGUUGAUGACUUUGAAGCGUCGGAGCCAGAUCGGCCCCAGUUCUUCGGCACUACAGUCAAACCUGAUCCUGUGACCAAUGAGGAAACGUGGUUCUAUCCCCUCAAACGCCAGCUGCUCAAGUUCACCACUUCAGCUUCUGUUCUUCUCUUCAUGAUCUCCGUGGUGUUGAUCAGUGUGACUGGUGUCAUCAUCUACCGUGUCAUCAUGGAUGUCGACUUGUGCCGCAUCAGUGGAACCGAGUGCCUUCUUCUCACAACCGUUGUGUCUUCUCUCCUAAACGCUAUCUCCAUCCUACUGCUUGGCAAGUUUUAUGACAAGCUGGCAGUAUGGCUGACUGACUGGGAGAACCACCGCACCCAGACUCGGUAUGACGACGCCCUGAUCAUCAAACUCUUUGCCUUCCAGUUUGUCAACAGUUUUGCUUCCUGCUUUUAUAUUGCCUUCUUUCGAGGGCGUUUUUUCAUCCUUAACCGUGGUGCGAGUUAUAAAGAUAGUUGUGAGGGAACCUGCAUGUCUCAACUCUCCUUCCAAGUUCUUGUGCUCAUGCUUGUGAAACCCUUCCCCAAAUUCUUCAAAGAUAUCAUUCUUCCAUUUCUAAAAAUGCUGUGGCGAAAACGUCCAUGUUGCCGCAAGACAAAGGUUGAUGAGGUGUCCGCAGAUAACAAGUCUGCUGGGGAUGAGGCCAUGAAACAUCAGCGAUUCCUGGAGAGGGAACGCCUGAAACCCUCACUGGGAGACUUCACUCUUGGGGAGUACACUGAGAAGGUCAUACAGUAUGGCUUCCUCAUGCUGUUCGCAGCCUCCUUCCCCCUGGCACCCCUCCUGGCGCUGAUCACCAACCUCAUUGACAUCCGAGUUGAUGCCAAGCGGAUGCUGUGGUUCAAUCGGAGGCCCAUUGGCUUCAUCGCCCAGGACAUAGGAAUGUGGUAUGACAUCCUGACGUUUGUCAACUUCUGCGGUGUCCUGACGAAUGCUUUCCUGAUAGCCUUCACCUCAUCUUGGGGGUCAAACUACGACCUUGUUGGUAAACUGUGGAUCGUCAUUGGUUUUGAACACAUCGUGUUCCUCAUGAAGUACAUCCUGGCCUACAUGAUACCAGAUGUGCCCAUGGACGUCCGCCUCGCCAUCAGACGUGAAAGGUACCAGAUCAGGAAGAAACUGGAGGCUGGUAAAAAUACGAAGAUGGAUUUCACUCACCUGUAUCCAGAGUCCAGAUCGCGUCUGGCGUCUGAGAAUGGGGAUGACGAUGUGGAUGACAGUGCACGGGUAACGGCAAUGAGUCAGUCAUCGUGGAGGAAACGCCAGCAGCAGCAGGACCCAGUACGUUACGGAAAAGACCGUCGGCCAACAACCUCUGGUAUAGCUCAGAAAAGACUGCAGGGUCAGACUUGGAUAAGAGUCCACCGGAUGUAGUUUUGCCCAGCUACCAUGGCCAAAGUCGCUCAGUGUGGACCAUGGACUACCAGAAACGAGGAUCAAUGGGCGAUACCUUACCCCAAGGCUGUACUGAAUGCUGAGCCCAUGGAUGUAUACUAAUUCUGUCCUUCGAAGAGGCAAAUCUAGAUAAGUGGACAGUACAACCCCACUCUGUUACUUAUUAUUGUUUAGAAAUGAUCAUUUUAACUGUAACUUUUACCCUAGAGACUUGUGCAAGUCUAAUGGGCGUGUACAAAACAGUUUGACAUGUCCACAAGCAGACAAGAUGAGGCUGUCAUCAGUGGCCUGAUUGCAACCCCUACCACACAGAUACUCUAACUGUUCAGGAACAAAGGUUGUACGUAUUCUAAUGAACUGUCAACAAGCGUUAUGAAGAUCAGAGUUUCUACAGCAGCAGCUACAGCGGAAGGUCCAUCAUCAGCCAUGAAGUCUCUCCACAUUAUACUCUGUAGUAGCAAUACAAUAUAUUUGAAGAUCUGUCAGAUGUGAUGAUAUGUGAUAUUUUUCAGUUGUUACUUAUGAUGUUUGUUACAUAUGUAAUCCAGUUUCAAAUAUAUAUAGUGUACAUUAGCUUUACUUGUAACGAGACAUUUCUUUGAUAGAACAAUCACAAGUCUUUUGUUAUUUGUUAUGUCCAAUCCAUGACAGCGUAUAUAUGUUUGUAUAUAUUGAAUAUGGAUGUCCAAGAUUAGUUGCUCAAGCUGAUCGAUUGACUUUUCUUAACUUGCUGUCAGUGUCUCUGGCCUUAUUGUUGGCCUCAUCUUGUUUAAAAGGUGUUUUUAGAUAAAAUGUAUAGGCUAUAGUGGCAAUUUACAAGGAGACUUGGUAUUCCACACAUUUUAUAUUUAAUGGUUUACUUAAUUUUUAUCAACAAAUACUCCUUGGUGGGAUAAAAUACUUGUUAUACUUUUGCAUUACAUUGGUCAUUCCACUAUUAGUUAAAAAUACAUGCUAAUUAUGUUUGAGGAUGGAAUGUUGCUUUGUAUGGUUACCAUGGUAACAUCUUCAUGUGGUUCCAUCUGUCGGGACCCAUGAAGAUCUGGGUUAGAAUAUCAAUCUUCAGUAACCCAUGCUUGUCGUAAGAGGCGACUAACGGG